CAUUGGCGACGAUAUGUGGAUGACACAUUUACCAUCAUGCCUGAUAUAGUAUCAGCCGAAAUUUUUCUUGAUACCCUAAACCACUGCCACCCAUCAGCAAAGUUUACUAUGGAGGUUGAACGGAAUGCCUCGCUUCCUUUCAUCGGUGUUGAACUGUUAAACUUAGCUCCCAGAAUCAAGACCAAGGUCUACGUAAAACCAACUAAUACGGGCCCUUUACUCUACUACCAGAGCCACGUGGAUAAUCGGUACAAGCGCAGUCUAAUUACCACCAUGUUAGAUCGAGCUUACCGCAUAUCUUCCGACUGGUCGUACUUCUCACAAGAAUGCGAUCGGCUUGAGACUGUAUUCUUAAAGCUUAAGUACCUGAGGCACCUAUUCAAUGUAACC